CGUGAGCGGCGCUCGCGAGAACGGCGGAGCGCGGGGCGGGGCUGGCGGCGAUGGCGGACGCGGCCGGUAGCAACGGGGACGCCGCUGGGCUGCCGGUGGGCAAGGAGGCAGUGGACCGCCUGAUCCGGGAGAACGGGCACAUCUUCACCGAGGCCCAGUGCAAGGUGUGCAGCGCCCUGCUCAUCUCCGAGUCCCAGAGGCUGGCCCACUACCAGAGCAAGAAGCACGCCAACAAGGUGAGGCGGUACCUGUCCAUCCACGGCGGAGAGGAGCUCGCCCACGGGAAGAAGAUGAAGCUGGAUGUGAAGCAGGACAGCAAGCAGGAAGGCAGCAAUGGGGAAGACAGGAACAAGUGUUGUCCCAUCUGCAACAUGACCUUUUCCUCUCCAGCUGUGGCAACAUCUCACUACUUGGGCAAGACCCAUGCUAAGAACAUGAAGCAGCAGUCCUCCAAAGUGGAAGAACCAGUGCCCCCACAGAAGCAUCCUGCCACCCUCUCCACCUCUACUGUGUCCUCUAAUGAAGAGAACAAAGACAUUACUGAUCCGGACAAGUUCUGUACCCUCUGCCAUGCCACUUUCAACAAUCCCCUUAUGGCAAAACAACAUUAUGUAGGCAAGAAGCACAGAAAGCAAGAGACCAAACACAAGCUGAUGGCACACUAUGGUCGAACCCCUGAUGCACCAGCAGCGUCCUUCAUGGCUGGGAAGGGGUACCCCUGCAGCACAUGUAACAUAGUGCUGAACUCCAUAGAGCAGUACCAAGCUCACAUCAGUGGCUUCAAACACAAGAAUCAGAUGCCAGGAGCAGUGCCAGUUGUUGGAUCAUUCCCACCACAGCAGUAUGUCCGGGAAGAAUCAACUGCCCCAGGAGGCUACAGUUAUUUCAGCCAAGACUUCUAGAGCAAGAGUUGCAGCACCGUUCUUGGAGUUGUUGGUGGCCCAAGAACACACAUCCUUUGCCAGCCCACAACGGUUUCAUUAUCCCUCUGGAUAAGCAAAGCCCUGCCCUCCUGUAUGCACCCGUUGAGCAGGAUGGAGACUGAAUCUAUCAGAAAAAGGAUCCAGCUGGAAGAGACUUGCUAGACAGCAAAUAUUUCACUCCCUUAGAGUAGUUCUCAUUGUGUAAUUGCUUUCUGUGAAGGUGGGUGCAGUGUGAGAGGAGGUGUGUAUCUGGUAUAGGGAAGAUUUGGCAACAAGCUGGUAGUGGCCACCUCCUCCCUCACCAGAGCAAAGAAUGGAUUCCUGAACCUGGAGAGCCAGCAUCCCAUGCUCAGAGCUGGCUUUUACUGGAGGAGAGCUCCUAGAUCAAAACAGGUAGUGCUUAUGUGGGACACAGUGCAGGUUGUCUAGCUUUGUACAGGCCAGAGAAUAGGAAAUAACCAGCGUGACCUCUCCUUCCAUGCCUCCCCUAGUCAGGUUUGUGUGCAGAAUUGCUUCUGGUUGUUUGGGUCUAACAAGUGCAAACUGCUUUUGGUGAGAGUGGAGGGCUGUGAGAAGGGUUUGAGUUCCUGGCUCUCCAGACAGCUCAUCCUUCUGAAGAUUUCUGUGUGGAAGGAAAUAACUGUUCAGCCUGGUUUCCUAUGGAAACAGGUGUACAUGAUCAUUCACCAUGUGUGUCUUUACCCUCUGUGACUUAAACCAAUCUCAGACAAACUUGGCAGCAGUAGAGACCUCCGAGGUCUGCAUCUUGAUCUGCAGAGGAAAGUAGAGCAAGGGUGAGGUCAUCCCUAAUUCUGUUGGGAUCUGCAUGGAAGUACAGCAUUUUCCCUACUGCCACCAAAAUACUCUGGGGAAGGAGGGUUUUAAGGGAAAAGAAAUAAAUUUAGAUGCAGCAGAAAACUGUAGUGUAACUUGCUGAAAUCGUUAGCUGCUCGUUAGCUAUAAAUCUUUGGAAAUCUGCCUUCAUUAGUGCUUCAUUAGACACUACUUGCCCAACCCCUCUCUUCGAAGUUCUCACACGUUUGUAUCAUCCUGGAGAAGGGUUGUUCUGUGUUUCAAGCCUAGGAAUUAAGAUUGAUGGUCUCUUCGUGGUGCUAAUGUACUAGAUCUGUUACAAGAGGACCCGGAAGGAAGGGCAGGCAUCUGCUGUGCAUUGUGGAUGAGCUCUUUAGAUGUUUUGCCUUAAGCUAAGGCAUUGCCUGUUCUCUGCUAGCCCACUGCAAGAGCCGUGUGCCUUGGGUUGGCAUCCAUUGUGUUUGGUGCCAUUGCUCUGAGUUGAGCAUCCCAGGGCUUUGUCUCAGCAUCCGUGCCUCUGUGGAGCCAAGAACUUGCUAGUCCGUGGCAAACAUCCUGCUGCUUUUCUUCCAAGAGGCAGAAGGACACAAAUGUGGCCCCUCUGAGAACUUCCCUGGCCAAUGGGGCUGGUAGGAGCGUGGGUGACAGCUGUGGGCACACCACACUGCCAAGGUGGACUGAGCCAAGUUGCUGCCUCUCCAUGUGUUGGCCCAGCAGCUGCUGGAGGGCAGUCUCGGGCCCUUGACCCCCAGCGUUGUGUGCCAGUGGAGCAGCUGACGCCUUCACAGGACUGAGAGCUGGGCUGUAGAGGCACUUCCAUAAUCCAGUGUGUGCACUGGUCAGGUUAUGUAAGGAGAGAGGGAGCUGGUUGCUAAUCUCAGUGCUUGGGGUGAGUGCCUUUCCUUCCCCGCCCUAGGCUGUGCAUGAGCUGUUUUUCAUCACCCUGUACAGAAUCUGCCAUCUUCCCUUAGGACAGGCUCCUGCUGGUCUGGGUUUGCCUUCCUAGUGUUUUCCAGCCUUGUUCCACUACUGAGGUCUAAUUGUAGACUCCCUCUGCAGCAGGAGAAUUCUUAAACCUUGCGAGCCAAUCAAUAACCAGAAAGUUGGGAAACUGAAGGAAGCAUUGUGUGCCUGGUAGCCCUGGAUGGCCUCCAACUCCGAUCUCUGCUGCCUAGCUCUUGUCCUGUACCAGGGCAGAUGCUGGCUAGAUGUGCUGCACAUCGACACCAGAGAGGGAUCCAUUUCCAGCACUGCCCAGUCCAGUCAUGCCUGUCUGUGUACUGACAGUUCUGCCUUCCCCUGUACACAGUGUUUGUGUAUCUGCUGUUCCCCUAAGGUGAAGCUCUCCAAAUAGAGUGUUUAUUACUA